AGUCCUUUCUCUAAAUGCAGUAGUAAUGCCGUAGCCCGGGGGUUUACUCUAAAUUAUUUGGUGGAAACAUUAGUAGGAAUACCAGAUUUGGUUGUAACUUUACAGAAUAUCGAGGAAGAAAGUAAUUAUGAUGUCAUUAACUUAGAUAACAUAUCACUGCUUAAUUACUGGAAUUAGUAUCAUCCCACUGAUUAUAAAGUUUUUUUUUUUUAUAAAGUAAAUUUUAAAUUCAUGUAAGUCUAUCAAUGUGGUAUAAAAGUAGGAAUCCUUCGGAUACACCCAUUACAAUUUCAGAAUGGAGCAGUGCUUACUUGUGAAAACACAUUUGGUCAAAAAGGGGCGCAUGCCCUAUCAUUUGAUGAAGUGUAAAAGGCAGCACCAUCGACGUGGUGAAAUUGUACACUGCUGGUACAAUCACUCUCAUGCUAUGAUGCCGGAGGAGUUAAUGGAGCACGAGAAGCAUUGUAAGAACGCGGUGCCAGAUGUGGAUAAAAAAAGUAAAAAACAGCAUCUAUAUAAUAGAUAUAAAAUGCUCAAUUUGGUGAAAGAGGCUGGAUCAGGAACUGCUCAGCACAGCAAUAUGAUAGGAUGCGGUGGGCUGGAGUGUGGGGAUACAAGCACGAGUAAUCAGCAAACCAAAAAUGGACAAUAGCAU